AUGAACAACAACCAAAAAGACAUUGAAAUGGACCAGAACAACCACGAAACCAGCACCAAUGAGGAAGAUGAGUCCCUUUUGCACAUAGUAAACCGCUUAAGUCACGGUACGUAUAGCGAUGCAGAGCUUGCGAAGCUUUCUGGGCUCAGGUCCGCUCAUGUGUCACAGACCGAGACCACCUCCUCUCUCCAGGAGGCAUCACAAAAUCUCAUUGGCUCAGUACCAUCCCCUUCCAGUGAUCCAUAUGUCCAUAGUGAAGGACAGAAUCAAGUCGAUACAGCAUCGUCGACCAACAAUAAGUCAACCAGUAAUGACGCGGCAGCUCGAAUGAUGCUCAAGGAUCAACUCAUUGUCGGCGAAGCAGCAACGCACCAAAAGGAUCAUUUAGUGGGUGCCAAGAGAGCCAAAGCGCACCAAAAGGAUGAUGCAGCAGCUCGAAUGAUGCUCAAGGAUCAAUUCAUCGUUGGUGAAGCAGCAAUGUACCAAAAGGAUCAUUUAGUGGGUGCCGAGAGAGCCAAAGCGCACCAAAAGGAUGAUGCAGCAGCUCGAAUGAUGCUCAAGGAUCAAUUCAUCGUUGGUGAAGCAGCAAUGUACCAAAAGGAUCGAUUGGUGUGUGAAGGGAUAAACCAAGGGAUGAAUCAACGAGAUGCCCGCAAUCUGGGAGAGAGCAGACCAGGUGAUUUAUCAUCAGCCACCCAGAACCAGGAAGGACCAGACCUAUCACAUCCAGGAGCGUAUGCAGUGGCUCCAGGAGGAUCGGGUGGUACAGAAACAGAAAUGGAAGAAGGCCUAGAUGCAUUGAUACCACCAGAACCAGCCCCAGUUUCCCUUGAGGAUGGCCUUCCCGUGGCCAAUCAAGUAUCUGACAAUGCAGACUUUCCCGUGGCAGAUUUAGAUCCUACUGGGCAAGACAACAGGAGGGCACAAAGGAAGAAGCAAUCACCAUGGCUGCCUGUACUGAUGUAUGGCAGCUGUGUUGCUGCCCUUGUUAUUGUGGUGGCUGUGCUUGUUAAUUCUGAAAAUGCCCAAAAUCUGUCUGAUGUGGAGCUCCUUGUUUUGGAAGCUUUGUCCAAUCACACUCUGGAAGCACUGGAGGAUCCCAUCUCUCCCCAGUCCCUUGCCUAUGAGUGGAUACUGGAAGACUUGGAAGAAAGCAACUACACCCACACCAGCAGGAUCAGGCAAAUGUACGCCCUAGCCACUCUCUUUUAUGCCACAGGAGGGCAUGACUGGUAUAACAAUGAGAACUGGUUGAAUCAAUCAGUUCAUGAGUGUUUUUGGUUCUCUCAAGAGUGCACCAGAAAGGAGGAUUGCACUCCAUGUGGCAUCCCACCCAACUUGCUCAACAGCUCCAACCAAGCUGUCCACAUGGAAUACAACCCUUAUCAACACCUCUUGCUCUAUUCGAAUGCUCUGCAAGGCACGUUGCCACUGGAACUCUUCUGGUUAACAAACCUCAAAAUCAUUUUGCUUCUCCAGAAUACUGAUCUAGCUGGCACUAUAUCAUCCCAUAUUGGGAGGUUGAGGCAGUUGGAAGUCUUCGGCGUGCAAGUCACAAUGAUAUCUGGAACAAUCCCUACAGAGUUGGCCCUUCUUUCUGAUAGUCUCUCUCAAAUUUUUGCCACCAAUGCUCAACUGGAAGGCACAGUUCCCUCAGAGCUUGGGCUGUUGCAAAAGCUGGAAAAAUUCUCCAUGGAUGGAAACAUGUUCACAGGAACCAUACCAGAAGAACUGGGGGAUGCCACCAAUUUGAAUUUCCUAGUGUUCAUUGCGAACUCAUUAUCUGGGACUAUACCAGAAUCCAUUUGGCAUCUCUCCUGGCAUACUCUUGCGUUGGGGCAGAAUCAGCUCACAGGAACAAUACCUACGGAUAUUGGAUUGAUGAGCAAUCUCACCUAUCCGUCACUUCCGUAUAAUGGCUUCUCAGGAGAGAUACCUUCCCAGAUUGGCUUGUUGACUGAUGUCAUCAAUGUGAAUCUCUAUUUCUCUAGUUUCACCGGCACCAUCCCCACAGAGAUUGGUCAGCUCUCUUCUGCUGAUUAUCUUGGUUUUUCUUCUUGUGCCUUCACUGGAACUAUUCCCACUGAAGUUGGCCUCUUAACGGACUUGAGUCUCUUGUGGAUGGAUGGAAACAGUCUCACAGGAUCAAUUCCGAGUGAAAUUGGCCAAAAUAUUCACAUGGAAGGUUUGUCCCUUGGCAACACAAACCUAACUGGGACACUGCCAUCUGAGUUGGCGAAUGCCCCAUUGACCAUGCUAUUUCUGGAAAACUCUCUUCUGUCUGGCUCUCUCCCUGAAGGGCUCAGUCCAGAUCUUAUAUAUUUGUCACUGUCGAACAACACAUUCAUGACUGGCACUCUCCCCCAAAACCUGACAAGCUUGGACUAUUUGCUGGUGGAAGGGACAAUGUUGUCUGGAAAACUGCCAGAAUAUAUCUGUGGAAAUGAUGUUCUUGCUCUGGAUUUUGACUGCAGCCCUUUUCUGUGUGGAUGCAGUUGUCUUUGUGCCAAC